AUGGAAACUUCCACAUCGCUGCAAGGGCAGCUCGAUAUUUUCCUCUACACUGGCGCUGAAGGGCAGUUCGAAGAUUUGACAAAAUAUACACAAAAUGGACUGCAUCCAAUCACUCUCGGCGACGUCCUUCCCAAGCCGUCCACUUGUGUUGGCGACGUGAACAAGGCGCCCAGAUAUCGGAUCAUGCUGAAGCUCGGAUUCGGCGCAUUUGCUACAGUCUGGCUGGCUCGUGACCUUGUCGAGAAACGUUAUGUUGCUGUCAAGGUCGGACUUGGGUCAGAUAUACCCCGUUUGAACAGAGAAACCGAGAUUUUGACCCAGCUCUGUAAAGCUGGGCCAGGAAAACAUGGGCAUCAGAGAGUGAUUGAACUGUUUGACGUAUUUAUUAUGAAAGGACCGAAUGGGUUCCACGAGUGUUUGGUGACCGAAGUGAUCUCUCCACUGAGUGAUCCAGAUGCCAGGCAACAAUGUUCAUCUGCAGCCAUUCGACAAAUUAUAGAAGGGUUUGCAUUCCUACACGGGGAAGGCAUAGUACACGGAGAUCCCCAUAUCGCCAACUUUGGGAUUGCUCUCCCGCAGCUAGAACAAUUCAAGCAAGACGAUAUCACCGAAUACUUUGCUAACCCCGAAAUUAUUCCAGUCGUUCCACGCGAUCCAACAUUCCCAUUGGACUCAGUACCCCCAUAUAUCGUUCAAUCUGUAUCAAUCGCAGACUUUUUACAAGGCAUGAAGGCAUUUCCCGCUAGCUCGGCAAUGAGUAUCAAGAUUCUGGACUUUGGAAGAGCCUACAGGCUAAGCAAGACUAUCCCGAGCUUGCCAGGUGCAGCUCCUACGGCGAUUCGGCCCCCAGAGGUUGUACUUCACGAACUGAGCCAUGGCCGAAUCGGCUGUACUUGGAGCGAAGCGGCUGACAUUUGGGCUGUCGGAUGCACGUUAUACCAUGUCAAAUCGGGCCACGAGCUUAUUUCGACGUGGGGUUCUCUGAAAGACUAUCUUUUCCGCGCCAUUCAAUUUGGUGGACCUCCCCCAGAAACUUGGCCUCAACCUUGGAACAAGCAGGAUCGAAAACACGAAAAUUGUUGGUUUUUCUGCCAUUUCUCAUUUGGGUUGAUCGGUAGCCGCGAUACUGACAUUUUAGCACCGCUCAUCUACGACCGAGUUAAGGUGUGGGAGGCGCGUGAGGCGACUCGCAACUCGCGUAGGGGCCCCAAUGAUGAAGAAAGAUCGGAUUUCCUCAACCUCAUUAAGAAGAUGAUUUUAACAAAUCCCGAUGAACGGAGCCUGAUGGCAGUGCUGUUGACGGACCCAUUUAUGAGAGCGGUUAGGAGGAAGGAAGACGAAAGUAUAUAA